CCCCCGCACGCUCCCCACCCCCACCUCUCUCCUGAGCCCCCACGGGUCCACGAACCCUUCUCCCCGGAUCCGGACUCUCAGACCUGUCUCAGCUUCCCUACUCAAGACCACCCAACUCUGGUACCAGAUCGCUCCCAUCUCGGAUUUUUCCGUAGGGUAACAAGAAGCCACUCACCAGAGCCUCCCCUCCUUCCUGAGGACCUCAACUCCCCCCCACCCUCUCCUACCUUUCGUCCGAAGACACCCCCCUCCCAGCCCCAGUAGGAGUGGGGCCUCCCUUUUCUCACACCAGCUCGGCUCGCGCUCUCGCAGUGCCGGGGGGCGCUGCCUCCCCCAUGCCGCCCUCCGGGCUGCGGCUGCGGCUGCUGCCGCUGCUGCUGCCGCUGCUGAGGCUACUAGUGCUCACGCCUGGCCCGCCGGCCGCCGGACUGUCCACCUGCAAGACCAUCGACAUGGAGCUGGUGAAGCGGAAGCGCAUUGAGGCCAUCCGCGGCCAGAUUCUGUCCAAGCUGCGGCUCGCCAGCCCCCCGAGCCAGGGGGAGGUGCCGCCCGGGCCGCUGCCCGAGGCCGUGCUGGCGCUUUACAACAGUACCCGCGACCGGGUGGCCGGGGAGAGCGCCGAGCCCGAGCCCGAGCCCGAGACGGACUACUACGCCAAGGAGGUCACCCGCGUGCUAACCGUGGAUAACAACCACGAAAUCUAUAAGACAUACAAGCAUAACUCACACAGCAUAUAUAUGUUCUUCAACACGUCGGAUCUCCGGGAAGCUGUGCCGGAACCCGAGCUGCUCUCCCGGGCAGAGCUGCGCCUGCAGAGGCACAAGUUGAAAGUGGAGCAGCACGUGGAGCUGUACCAGAAAUACAGCAACAAUUCCUGGCGCUACCUCAGCAACCAGCUGCUGGCCCCCAGCGACUCGCCCGAGUGGCUGUCCUUUGAGGUCACUGGAGUUGUGCGGCAGUGGCUGAGCCACAGAGGUGAGAUCCAGGGCUUUCGCCUCAAUGCCCACUGCUCCUGUGACAACAAAGAUAACGUACUCCAUGUGGAAAUCAACGGAAUCAGUGUCGGCCGCCGUGGUGACCUGGCCACCAUUCACAGCAUAAACCGGCCCUUCCUGCUUCUCAUGGCCACCCCGCUGGAGAGAGCCCAGCAGCUGCACAGCCCCCGGCACCGCCGAGCCCUGGACACCAACUACUGCUUCAGCUCCACGGAGAAAAACUGCUGCGUGCGGCAGCUCUACAUCGACUUCCGCAAGGACCUGGGCUGGAAAUGGAUCCACGAGCCCAAGGGCUACCACGCCAACUUCUGCCUGGGCCCCUGCCCCUACAUUUGGAGCCUGGACACGCAGUACAGCAAGGUGCGUGUGGCCCACCGGCUGAAGGUAGCAGGGACCGAGGGAGGGGCCAGAGAGAAGUACACCCUGAGAUGAAGUGAGGAG